AUGGUCAGAGGAAGAGAUGCUUGUUGGGAGCACUGUGUUUUGGUUGAUGCUACUAAGCAAAAAGUUGGGUGUAAUUAUUAUCACCGUAAGUCCAGUGGCAGAGUUUACAAGAUGAAAUUUCAUUUGGCUCAAAUCAAGAACAAAGAUAUUGUCCCAUGUACCGAAGUCCCAAAUGAUGUGAGCAUUGCGCGUAUUUUCAAUACAUAUGGGCCUCGGAUGUGCAUAGAUGAUGGGAGGGUUGUUAGUAAUUUCGUUGCACAGGCUCUUCGUAGACAACCAAUGACUGUUUAUGGAGGUGGAAAGCAGACUCGAAGUUUCCAAUAUGUUUCUGAUCUGGUUGCAGGAUUAAUGGCACUAAUGAAAGGUGAUCAUGUUGGACCUUUUAACUUAGGAAACCCUGGGGAGUUCACCAUGCUGGAGCUUGCUGAGGUUGUGAAAGAAACAAUUGAUCCAACUGCAACUAUUGAAUUUAAACCAAAUACUGCAGAUGACGAGGAGUGAGUGAGACUUGUUCUUAUAUUUAUGUAGUUUUCAAUUGUGUGAAGACAUAUUAUGACUUUUGAAUUUUACCUAUAUGUAAUAUAUUUGUGAUUUUAUUGCAUAGUGAAUGAAUAUUAUU